AACAUGAGGGUUUUUUUUUUCCUCCUUAUAGAUACAAGUCUAUCCUGGAGAGAUCAUGGAUGCAAAUGAAUUUGGUUGAAAUCAAGAGGUUUUUAGUGAAUUUAUUUUUCUGCUAAAGCCACAAGUGUGAGUGAAUAUGGUCUUGGAUUCAACAUUUAAUAAAAUUCUAGACUAACAGUCGAUGAUUAUUUUACUAUACUUUUUGGUUUUAGUCAUAAUUCCAACUUUCAAAACCUUCACUCGAAUUUAGCAUUUGUAGCAGGUUGGUUUCCUUUUUCUUGCCUAUUAUAUCUUAUCAACUCGUUUUCCAUAUUAAUUACUAAUGUAAUGCAUUGUGGCAAAGGCAGUACAAUGGUAGGGUUUAUGCAGAGGACUCAUAAACAUACUCCUUUUUUUUUUUUUUUUCUGUUCUAGAAUUUGUUUUCUUGCUUAACAACAAUAUCUAUUGGUCAGUGAUGGCAAAAGAAGAAAAAGUCAAAGGUUGGAAGGAAUAAUUCUAUAUAACUAUUCUAACAAGAGCAAGGAGGAUAAGUACUUUAUAAACGAUCACUUGAGCUUUAGAAUCAUGUUUCUCAGAGAUCAUGAGACUGACUCUGCUCAAAUUGUCAGGUUCGAGGUUUCUCCAAACAGUUUGCAACUGAAUAAUCCUCUUAGAAAGAGGGGAAAGGAGAGGGUCCACUUUGAGCAUGGCUAAGGCACUUUGUGAGCUUCAGUUGGAAUUGCACCAGCAGUCUUCAAGUUUUGAGGUUGUUGAAGUUGGAAGAAAAACAUGAUGCAGGACUAUAGUAGAAGCUAAGGGUGUGGAUUUCAUAAUUAUUGAACCCUCCCUCCAUUCAACGAGGUGAGGUUCAGUUGAAAUUGCACAAGUAGUCUUCAAGUUUUGAGGUAGAAGAAUUAGAAAAAGAAAUUAAGGUGUUGGACUAUGGCUACUGAAUUAACAAGAGUUUAGUAAUGGGUUUAUUGUCUUAUCAAGCAAAAAGUGUGAGCUUAAGCUAAAUAAACCUAUGUAACUAUUAUAGUAUAUCAACUAAACGGUUCUAAUAUAUCUGAAGCCUAUUUUUUAAUUAAAUUUGAUCUGCAGUUCAUGUCUGUAUCUAGAGCCAAAUGAGCACCAUUGUCAUGAACCAUCAUAAUUUAGAAAAUUUCCCAGAUUCUUUUUAUUUAUUUAUUUCUUGCAUGUGCUUAUUAAGGUAGAAAUAUUUGCACUGCAUAGAUACAGUAAUUAUGAUGAUUGCUUUCAGUGAUUCAUAUUUUUGAUUUGAGCUCUUCGUUUGUGGAUCUUCAUUACUUUAACUUCUGACUAAGGGGACAUUUAUUUCUUUUUAUUUUCCAAAAACCUUUGGUUGUUUUGGUUAUUAUAAUUUUUAUAUAUAUUUUCUCAGGUGGUUACUUUAUAUUAUUUUUCCUUCUAUUAAUUGUGUGUUUAUCUUCUUUCAUCAAACAAUUGAGCAUUAUGUGUGAGUUCUUAGGGCAAAUUCCACACUGCAAUGAGGGAGUGGGGGAGGAGGGAAAGCUUGGAGGGAGAUGCUAUGCCAAGAUUAUUCCAUGACAAAUGAAAAAGAGAUGAGUGGAGGAGAUCUGGAGUAUUAGCAUUUUCUGAAGGAGAGAGCAUUUUUUUACAUGGAUUGGCACAACUGAAGGUGGAAAAGGAACUAUGUUUGAGGGCUUUUCAUACAAACUUUCCCUGCAAUUCCCAUUGGACUACCCUUUCAAGCCACCUCAAGUCAGGUUUGAAACCAUGUGCUUCCAUCUGAAUGUUGAUCAGUUUGGUAAUAUUUGCCUUGAUAUUCUUCAGGUAUCAAAUUAAGCAAGUAUAUUGGUUUUCAGUUAAACCAUUUGCUCUUAACGGCAUGAGAAUAAGAUUGGGAAAAGAAACCUCUACUUCGUUCUGUUAUAUUCAACUGUUUGAACCUAUUGCCUUGAUGGAUAUUGGAAUUAUAACAUAUUUUUAU